CACACACACACAUAUUUCUCAUUUCAUGAGAUUAUUUCCUUCAAAGCACAUGACAAACAAUAAAACAGAUAAUGCCGCAACGUUCGUGUCAGAAAGCAAUCCAAUGACAGCUAGCAAAGAAAGUGGGAACACUCAGGUUAAACUUCACAUUGCACACAAACUGGGGAUUCAUUCUAAACCAGUUAUAAACCAGCCGCUGAUCAGUCGGGCAGAGCUGUUCGUCCAAGAUGUUGAUUUCGACUAUUAUUUUGUUUCUAAUUUUCGGUUACACCUGCAGUGGGGAAUCAAAUAAAUUUGAAGCAACGAUUGGUUGUUCGCAAUACAACACCGAUCAUGGUUAUAACUAUCAACAUCCGUACUUCUCAACGGGUCGCUUUCAAAACAUCCAAAUCAGCAAAGAUAAGGUCAUUCAAAUUCGAUUGGGUGUCCUCGGUUACAACGACGGUCACAUUAGACUGGCACAGGUGAUGUUUCCGUACAACAACACCGAAAUGAACGAAAUCGUUCUAUCCGGCUGGGCCAAUACCAAAACUGUUGUUCGUCGGUACACGCGUGACCAGCCUAACAGUACGACUAAUUUAAAAGUUCUGAAAGAGCAAGCUAGCAACGGUAUGCUGUCACACUUUGCGCCAUUCAUGUUCACAAUGAUGAUCCACCCAGGCGGACUGGUGCAGCUAACGCGGGAUGAUGAUUCUGUUCCAUUCCUGGAGUUUUACGAUGCGAAACUUUUGGCCAAGUACAUUGGCUUCUGCAAUUGGGAUAGGCCACUGGUGUUCUUCUAUGAUUGUCCAUUGGAAGUGGAUCGGAGAAGGUGUGAAGGAAUCGCAUUCAAUUAGUCGUUUUAUUUUCAGCGAGUAGUAUGAAUCUCUGUGCCCGAAGUGCUAAACAGUCGAAUGAAAUUUGUUAGAAUACUCAUCGACAUAGAAAUCUUCCUCAUAAGAGACUUCGAAGACUAAUCUAUCAUAAUAGUUAUAUAAAUUUCACGAAAUACCAACGAGUUCCUGGCUACUUACGAAUAUGUGCUCGUGAUUUAAAUCAUGAUAAUAUAUAAUAGCUCGAAAAUUUGAAACUCGUUAAUACGUUAUGAAAAUGCAGUUCUCGCGCCCUACAAUUUUUUUGAAGUUGUAUCUUGCUUUCCACGAGUGGUAAUGGCGGAUAGUGCACGCAGCCCAGUUUGACGUUUUCUGUAGGUCAGGUAAUUUUCAAUCGCAGUAUCGCAAUAGACAACAUGAAAACGUCGCUGAGCAACCUCAACAAACGAUGCACGUUUUGUUAUUUAAAUUUCGUCUUGCGCAUGCGCGGAUCAAAAUAAACAAAACAAUUGAUCAGAGUUUCAAGGCCUAAAUAAAAUGGAUACGUUGCGGCUGCGUUUGUGGCAAUUUGACAGUUAGCCCAUACAUUUUUCGUCAAAUUAACGUCAACGCAACGCAAACGUAUCCAUUGUGUUUGGACCUUCACUCCGUUACUGCGGUCGAAAAUUACCUGGCUAUCAGAAGACGUCAAAAUAAGUUGCGUCCAUUGUCCGCCAUUACCGCUUGUGGAAGGCUAGAUAAUUCUUUAAAGGGUGAAGGCACUUAAUGCUGGGUACGUUAGGUUUGCAAUUCACUCUUCAUAAUAUUGGAAAAAAAAUUGGACAAAAUUCACAGUAUUCCUUAGAAAGUUAACAGGAAAACUAAUUGCAUUUCUUCAAAUACUAGGGGAACUGCUUCAUUAUUCUCAUUAAUCUCAUUAAGCCAAUAUUCACGAAGAAUGCACGGAUUAAAACACCAAAUUUUCACGAAAUCAUUGAACAAAUAAGCUAAAUAUGCUUAGGUAACCUACACGGAAAACAAAAUCUACCCAACCGGUGGGUACAAACUACCUGAAAUGAUGUAAACAUCAUACAACUUACGUGUUGGGUAAUUUUGCAAUGCGAACGCUGAGUCAUUUCAACUCAAUAGAUUUUAAACAUGCUCUCACUCCAUGGCGAUGUUUUGAUAUAAUGCCAACGUUGAGCUGUUUGAACCCAACAUUGGAUGAAAAAUCAAACUGGUUGAAAAAUUGAAAACCCGAGUGAUGAAAUUGAUUUCGUGAAAAUGGCAAAGAUUUGUGAAUAUUGAUAGUUUUGGCACUGAGUUGGUGAUUUUAAGUGACGAACGGUUUAUGUGCAUCUGUUUGUUAAUAAUAGCCGUCAAUUAAAAACAAGAUUAAUAAUGAUUUGUGAGAAUGGAGCUGAAGUGGAGGCACUAAUAGGGUAAAUUGAUGAAGCCAGUGAUUCCAAAUUAGAAGGAGGUUCUUGAAUAAAUAUUAAGAUAGAUUUUAUAGAUUGUUUUUCAAUUAAAUUCUAUUUUCAAAUAAUAUUAAUUCAAUCGAAUCGAACCACCCAAGGUAAAGUAUAAAAGAGUGAACUCAACGUUGAGCAUUUUUGACGUAUUAUUGCACUUAGUAAUAUACAUCUACUAUUAAAUUAAUCUACAAAUACUCAAAAUUGGCUUCCUGCACCGAACGACUCUGUUGAGUGAAAUCGACAUGAAUUUGGGUACUUUUCGUUUUCCGUGUAGGUAACCAUACAGUGCUGUAGAUUUAUGUCAAUUAUGUCGGAAUAAUUCAACAUUUUCAGUAUGAUUUUUUCGUAUUAACAGAAACUGAUUUGGCAACUCUUGAUUUUCUUCAACGCAGUGAAAACAGAUGAGAACAGUUGAAAUUUAGGAAUUGUAGAAAUUCAUCUCAUAUAUUUCUGGUAAUUCAAGCUUGUUUUAGGAAAUUUGAGGUGAACAUUUCAAAGAUUAAAGUAUUCUUAGUGUAGAGAGUGAUUUUGUUUAGUGAUUAAAAUAAAAAGUGAUCCGCUAGUGAUGAAAAAAACUUUGGUUGGCUGCUGAACGAGUCCCGUUGUAGUCGUAUAGAACGAUGCGCGGAUUUUGUUUUCUGGGGUAGGUGAUUGAAAUAAAUGACUUUUCGAGUGCAGAUGCCCGACUAUAAUAUCAAAUUUAGUGCUUUUAAGUGAGUUUUUGAGGAUUAUACUUUAUGAGGAAUCUAAAGUGAACUAAGAAGAAUCCAUUCCAUGAAUUUGCAGAUUGGUUUAAGAAGAUAAUAUGCGUUUUUUCCUGUUUUCAGUUGUGUUUACAUGUUGAAUGAGAUGAAUAUACGGGCUGAGAUGAAUAAUGAAGCAGUUCCCUUAUUACUUUAGUGGAUAUUAUUUGA